GAACAGUUUUUAUGUUGUUGACAAAUGUUUCAGAAAGAGUCGCAUCAUUCGAUCGUGUCUCUCAGUUGUUAUUUUUCUUUCUCUUUAAAAUAAUUAAAAAUUUACCUUCAGUGCGUGUAUAAAAGUUUAAUUGUGAAAAUUGGAUAGAAAAAUAAAUAAAAAUAUAUACAAAAUUAGUAGCAGAUGAUGGUGUGAAUUCGCCUAGAUGUCAUUAAGUUAACCAAAAUAAUAACAACGGCAGUAAUAAACAAUGUUGAAGUGUAUUUCGUUGGUUUUAAUUAUCGGUGCAGUGGGAAUCACUGUAGCCACUGCAAAUGUACUCAAAGGAGUUGAUUGCGAAUGUUUUAAUACAACACAAACAAGCAGCCAAGAUGUUUGUCAAGAUAAUGUUGUGCGAUGCGUCAGUAGCGAAUCGGAUCGUCCUGGCUCAUGUUUUGCAUUAUGGGCCACUGAUAAUCUGACCGGUGAAACAUACGUUAAAAUGAAAGGGUGCUUCACAGAUAGUGCAUGCAACAAUACGGAAUGUAUAGCAAAUGAGCCAAAAAAGAUGAAUUUUUGUUGUUGCACCGGUCACAUGUGUAAUUCAAAAUAUAAACUAGUACCGACCACAACCAAACCACCAAAGGUCGAAGAAAACAUUCCACAGCCGGAUGAUAUGAAUAUAUAUAAAAUUGUUAUUAUCGUGUUUGGUUUCCUCGUUAUUGUCGGCUUUAUAAUAUUCUUUGUAUCAUUUUAUAAAAACAAAAAGAAUGCAAUGUUCAAUGAAAUUCCAACGAACGAACCAGAUGCGCAUGGAUCAAAUGCAAUGCUUGCACAAAAUCGGCCAAUUCAUUUGCUUGAAUUGAAAGCGAGAGGUCGUUUUGGCGCUGUUUGGCGUGCUCAACUCAAACCAGAAGGAGAAGUAGCCGUCAAAGUGUUUCCAUUACAAGAAAAAGAUUCAUGGAUCACCGAACAAAGUAUAUUCAAUCUUGCAAGAAUGAAGCAUCCAAAUAUAUUGGAAUUUAUUGGCGUUGAAAAGCAUUUGGAUAAAUCCGAAUACUGGUUGAUUACUGCAUAUCAUUCACACGGUUCGUUGUGUGAUUAUUUGAAAGCGCACACCGUUACAUGGCCAGAAUUGUGCAAAAUCGCUGAAUCAAUGGCACGCGGUCUAAUGCAUUUACAUGAAGAAAUACCAGCAUCGAAAACUGAUGGACUAAAGCCAGCUGUAGCACAUCGUGAUUUUAAGAGCAAAAAUGUUCUACUUAAAUAUGAUUUAACGGCAUGCAUUGCUGACUUUGGAUUGGCCCUUGUCUUUCAACCAGACAUCCCAUGCGGUGACACUCAUGGUCAAGUUGGUACACAACGUUAUAUGGCACCCGAAGUACUUGAAGGUGCAAUCAAUUUUACACGUGACGCUUUUCUUCGCAUUGAUGUGUACGCCUGUGCUUUGGUUUUAUGGGAAUUGGUAUCACGGUGUACUGCACAUGGUGGACCGGUUACCGAAUACACGUUGCCAUUUGAAAUUGAGCUUGGUCUUCGUCCAACAUUGGAUGCCAUGCAAGAGCAUAUCGUCACAAAUAAAAAUCGACCACCGAUACCAGAACAUUGGCGCGAUCACAGUGGGUUGGCUGCUAUGUGCAACACAAUGGAAGAAUGUUGGGACCAUGACGCGGAAGCUCGAUUGACUGCAUCAUGUGUCAUCGAACGAAUUUCGCAGCACACGCGAUAUACAAAAACAGAGCUUCUUAUUGAAACGAAUACAGACACACCUACAAAAGAUUUAGUUGACAGCAUUAAAUAAUUGAUGAGAUUUUUGGCCGAUAUUGAUUAUAUAUAUAUAUAUAGAAAUGAAUAGGAAAUUAACAAAAUGAUGAGGUAUUCCGAAUUCAUAUUGAUCGUUCACAGUAAAUGUGUGUUCAAAACAAUUCAUUUCACCUAAAACAUAUAAAGCGAACAUUGAGACAACAAUUUUCAAAUAACUAAUUGAAAAGUAGAUAACAUAAAUUGGCUGAAUAAUCGUUUCGUUCAUGAAUCGAAACGCAAUGCAUCCAUAUUUUAAAUCAAAAAUCAAAUUUUGUUAAACGUUUUGUCUUCGUAUUUAUAUAAUUUUAAAGCUAGAGCUUCGAAUUGUAUUAUGUACAAUUGAUCGAAUCGAAAGCAAAUGAUAGAAAUACAAAUGUCAUCAUCAAUAUUGACACCGUGUUCUAUAUACAAAGUUCGAUACACACUAAGGUUUAUAUUUUACACCACAAAUUUCAUUUAUCAUCAUCCUCAUUAUAUAUAUAUAGAUAUACUAUAUUAAGAAUCGUGUAAUAGAGCACUCCUGAAAUUGGCCACAUAUUUUAAUAACCCCUUUUAUCCUAAAAAAAACCGCGUUUGUUUCCUAAACUAUGUCAUAAACUUAACGCAUUCGAUUGGUUUCAAGUCGUUGCGAUCAAUUUCUGUUUAAGUCAACCGUUGAAAAUGUAUCAGAAAGUAAUGAGUGCAAGGAUGAAAAUAUUCUUCUAUUAAAAUGGAUAGUAAAAUGCAGGUAUACAUAAAUUGGGACUGCUGAAGGUGCUUUGAUAGGAUUGUUUUUAUAUUUGAUUCAAAAAUAUUUUUUUAAAACUCGAAUUCAAGAUGAAUUUAUUUUUUUUAAGUGAUAGAGAUUCAUUGUUAUAAUACAACUGAAAAAUAAAUAUAUAACAGGAAUAAAAUUUUGAAGGCAGUGCCAAUUGAAUACCAUGUUCAAACUUCAGUUCUAUUGAUCAUGAAUCCAAAGUCAAAUUUUCAGAAGAAACAACUGAAUUCGAGUUACUUUUUUUUCAUUUGUUUGUAAACGAAUGUCGCGAAUGUCAUUCUCAUCUUUGUAGACGAUCACAUCAAACAAAUCACAUAUCAUACACAGAACCAUUUGCGCUAAAGUCUCUUUCCGAAUUCAAGCACAUACAAACACACAUAGAUGAAUUCGACUAGUAAAUAAUUGAUAAUUGAAUGAAUCGAAUGAGAAAGAAAGAUGGAAGAGGAAUUAACACAGUAAAACGAUAGAAAAGCCAUUUAAAAAGAACCAUUAUCAGUGCAGUUAAUUAUAAUUAUAAUGUCAGAACAAUUUAGCAAUCACAAACAUAUAUAAUAUUGUAGUAUUUUUUUAAAAUGAAACUAAACAUUUGUAUAUUAUUAAAAUUAACUUACAAAUGAAUAAAAUGAAAGCGACAUAUUAAAUUAACAAA